AUGAAUGGCCACAUGGCUGGCGUGGGCGACAAGUCCGCCGAGACUAACUUCAAGCAUGGAGUUCAGGUUGUCGACGGCGAUAAAGAGUUCAACAAUGAACUCAACAAGUACUUGAGCGUCGAACAUGUCGCCGAGGCAGGCUUUAACUACCACCUCAUCUCCGUCUUCGGCUCCCAGUCGACGGGCAAAUCCACCCUCCUUAACGCCCUGUUCGGUACAGAAUUCUCCGUCAUGUCCGAGACCGCGCGCCAGCAGACCACCAAGGGAAUCUGGAUGUCCAAGAACAAGCGCGAGCAGAGUGGUGGCACCCGCGUGGCCGACAACAUCCUCGUCAUGGAUGUUGAGGGUACCGACGGCCGUGAGCGCGGGGAGGACCAGGACUUCGAACGCAAGAGCGCCCUUUUCGCCCUCGCCACCAGCGAGGUCUUGCUCGUCAACAUCUGGGAGCACCAGGUCGGCCUGUACCAGGGCGCCAACAUGGGUCUGCUCAAGACCGUCUUUGAGGUCAACCUUCAGCUGUUCCUCAAGGAUAAGAAGUCUACUCCUCGAUCGCUCCUCUUCUUCGUCAUCCGCGAUCACCUCGGCACCACGCCCCUUGCUAACCUUCGACACACCCUGGUCCAGGACCUGACCAAGCUCUGGUCUUCCAUUUCCAAGCCCCAGGGCCUCGAGAACUCCCAUAUAGAGGACUACUUUGAUUUCGGCUUCGCUGCCCUGCCCCACAAGAUCCUGCAGGCCGACAAGUUCGAUAGCGAGGUCCAGGUCCUCGGAUCGAGGUUCAUCGCCGGCCACCGCACAAAGUCAGCCGAUGGCCAGGGUGGCGAGGACGAGUUCGAGGGUGGUGUCUUCCUCCCUGAGUACCACAGGAGGAUCCCCGCCGACGGUCUUGCCGUAUACGCCGAGGGCAUCUGGGACCAGAUUGUCAACAACAAAGACCUCGACCUACCGACCCAGCAGGAGCUUCUGGCCCAGUUCCGAUGCGACGAGAUCUCCCGCGAGGUCCUCAUCGCAUUUGAUAACAUCAUCCUGCCCCUCGAGGACCAGCAGGCCGAGGCCGAGCGCCUCGGAAAGCCCACGGUGCUCAAGGACCUGGGCGUCUCUGGAACAAAGGCCCGUUCCGGCUGCCUGAAGGCCUUUGAGAUCCAGGCUAGCCGUUACCACAAGGGUGUGUACGGGCGCAAGAAGCAGGAGCUCGAAGGCAAGGUCGACACGCGCCUCAAGGCCCUCUACCAGGGUCAGCUCUCGGCCACACACAAGGCCGGUGUCACGUCAUUCAGCGAGGCCGUCAUUCAGAAGGUCAAGACAGGACAGAAGGCAAGUGGCGCAUACGAGUUUGCCGAGAUCGUCGCCAGCGAGAAGACCAAGGCGCUCGGCAUCUUCAAGGUCGAGGCCCAGAGCCUCGCCAUGCAGGGCGUUCCCUGGACCAACUUCAAGUCGCAGUAUCUGUUGUUCGAGCAGGAUCUCGACGAGGUCAGCGCCAAGUUGCGCAAGGAGGAGAUGCGGCGCCUUGCCACGCGCGUCGAGCGCUGGGUAAAGUCGAGGCUGGGCGAUGCCAUCGGCGUUGAGUUCAACAAGCUGGGAUCGGGCCGGGGCGGAUCGGGCGCUCCCGAGGAAGAGGAACGGCCGGCGACGGAGAAGGACCUCUGGGAUCGCAUCUGGACGGUGUUUGCGGGCAUCGUUACCGAGGCAGAGACGCGCUUCGUUGACCGGGCCAAGAGCUUCGACGCUAGCGACGACGAGGUCGAGGUGGGCACGUGGCGCCUGCGUCGCAAGAGCUGGGUGGCCCUGCGCGAAAAGAUUGACGAGGAGGUCAUGGAGGGUAACAUACUGCUGAAGCUGCGAGAAAACUUUGAGGACAAGUUCCGGUACGACGAGGCCGGCGUCCCCCGCAUCUGGCGCCCCACCGACGACAUUGAGGGCAUCUACACCAAAGCCCGUGAGUCAACGCUCAAGCUGAUCCCGCUGCUGUCGAGGUUCAGGUUGGCGUCCACGUAUGCGCCGCCCGACCUGGUCAGCUUCAUCGGCCCUCAGCCGGCGGGAGUCGAGGCCGACGACGAGGAGGACAUGACGCCCAUUGGCGGUGUGGACGAGGACGAAGGCAAGAGCCUGGAGGAGGAGACGACUGUGCUCAGUGAGAGUAAGAGGCAGGACCUGGUGGUCCGGUUCAAGAAGAUGGCCGACGGCGUGUUCGUCGAGGCCAAGCGGAGCGCCAUUGGCGGUGUGGCACAGAUUCCCUGGUACUUUUACGCGCUUCUCUUUGCGUUUGGGUGGAAUGAGAUUUUCGCAGUCCUCAAGAACCCCUUCCUCUUCAUCUUGUUGGCCCUGCUGGCUGGUGGGCUGUACGUGGCGUACACACUCAACCUCCUCGGGCCCAUGAUGCACAUGGGCAACGCAGCGAUGACGCAAGGUGUCGACAUUGGCAAGCAGAGACUUAGGGAGUACAUCAUGAACUCGGACACGGCGAGGCAGGCCAUGGGUGUGCCGGCCAGCAAGGACUCGGACAGCAUCAGCCUUGACACGUUGGAUAGCCGGGGGAAGAAGCAAAGCAAGAGCACGGCAGACAUUGAUGAGAUUUAA